AUGCAUGUAUUAAUGUACGUAUCAUUAUAUUUUUUCAGGGAAAAUAAUAAUUCAAAGGGUACCCAGACCGAAGGCUUUUGGGAAAUAAUUGAUGAAUUGAAUUUUUUGAGGAAAGAACUGGAAAAAUGCAGAGAACAUGAAUGUAAUGUAAAGUUUGCUGCAGACAAUAUUACAAAUGAUGAACAAAUGAGGUCUGUAACCGGAUUCACAAAGGACAGAUUUGUUGCUUUGUAUAAUUUUUUGAACAUUGAAGAAGAUCUUGUGCAAAAUGCAAAAUUGUCGCAGUCAGAACAAUUUUUCCUAUUUAUGGUGAAGUUGAGAACUGGUAUCACUAAUGAGUUCUUGGCCAUACUUUUUAAAGUUUCUGACACGACUGUGUCACGAUAUUUUACUCAUGUAGUGACUGUCAUAUACCAAAAGCUUUCUCUACUUAACAUUUGGCCAAGUAGAGAAUUGAUACAAUCACACAUGCCUGAGCAAAUUCGGGCUGAGAAUCGGAACUGCCGGGUAAUUGUAGACUGCACCGAGUUUAAGAUCCAGCAACCCAGCAACCCUGCUCAGCAACAAGUUACAUUUAGUAACUAUAAAAAUUGCAACACUUUAAAAGCCAUGAUAGGCAUAUCACCUUCUGGAGCUAUUACAUUUGUUUCAGAUUUAUACUGUGGUAGCAUUUCCGAUAAGGAGUUGUUUAUUCGUAGCGGUAUGCUACAAAAGCUCGAACCGGAGGACAUGGUCAUGGCUGACAAAGGCUUUCGUAUUGAUAAAGAAUUGCAGGCAAAGCAAUGUACAUUAAAAACACCUACCUUUUUAGGUGACAGAAUUCAGUUUCCAGUUUUAGAGAGGGAAAAUAAUAACAUGCUCUCUAAUAACCGAGUUCAUGUUGAGAGGGCUAUAGGGAGAAUAAAAUUUUUUAAAUAUUUUGAAGGAGACUUGCCUUAUACAGCUUUACACAAUGCUAAUGAAGUGUUUUUUAUUGCAAGUAAUUUUGUAAAUUUUGGGGGUCCAUUAAUCGAGUAA